AACCUUAAAUAGUCCCAUGACUCUCCGUGGAGCAGUCCGAGGAUUUCACAAGUGUGUGAUCUCUUAUCCGUCAGUAUUGUAAUGUAUAGAGGUGUUACUCGCUACUGACACAACAGCAGCUAUGCGGCUACUUUAUAGCAAUAACGCUAGUUAAGCAGCUAACAGUUUCCUAAGUGAUCAUGUUGGGACUUUUAACGCGCCAAACUCGUAAUAUUAAAGUGUUUAUCAAAGCGUUUAAACAGACAAACAUACAUAGGUGUUCCUCUGUCAGCUGUCAGUCUGAGUAUAUCCGCAGAAUUAUUUUAGAGAACACAGAGAUAGUGGGGGAGCAGAGUUUGACCCCAGAGUUCAAACUGAGGCUGUUCACCCCAAACUGCAGAUUUUGGAGUGAAAAACCAGAGCUCUGGCCUUUUGAUGACCCGUACUGGGCCAUAUACUGGCCAGGAGGACAGGCGCUCUCAAGAUAUCUCCUGGAUAACCCUGCAGUGUGUCGGGGUAAAACUGUUCUGGAUUUGGGGAGCGGUUGUGGAGCCUCAGCCAUCGCUGCAAAACUAUGUGGUGCUGCUCAUGUAGUUGCCAAUGACAUUGACACUGUUGCAGCCGUUGCGACCCACAUAAACUGUGAGCUGAACAGCCUGGAGCCGCCUGUUUGUCUGACUAACAACAUGAUUGGCUCACCACCCAAAGGCUUUGACCUGAUCCUCCUGGGUGACAUGUUCUACGACAAGGCCCUCGCCACCAGCCUUCACAGCUGGCUGGACCACUGCAUCAACAGCCACGGCACCAAAGUCCUGAUCGGAGAUCCUGGAAGAGCCCAGUUUGAGGAACACUGCAUCCGAAGACUCUUGCGUCAGCUGGCUCAGUUUGAGCUGCCUGAGUCCAUCAGAGAGGAGAACUAUGGUCUGACCUGCAGCAGUGUUUGGUGCUAUCGUCCUGAACUCUGAGGACCUGAGAGGAUCCUAUGUGCUCUCUUGUUUGAAUGUGACAAAUAUGUCACAUGUACUGACCUGUGUCGGAGAAGAAAUAAUUGUAUGAACUCUGUCACUUCUCUAUAGCUUGUUUCUGUGUCACAGCAUUACUGUGACACAUGUUCUUUAUUAUGUUAGGUAAAUGUCCAUAGUCCAUAUGUACUGGCUAACUAAACAUUGAUGUGAAUGUACACGCUGUCUCCAGCUGGACGGGACAAAGUGCAUCUCUUUGAUGUGUAUUAAAGCUCCCCUCAACACCGAGAAGGAGGUCAGACUUCCUUGACCCUACCCGGGUGAAGGAACUCUGUCCCUAUCCAGCUGAAUAGUAUUCCUGUGACUCUGUUUGUACUCGUUGGCUCAUGUUUGAUGACUUGUACUCUUCAUAAUUUUUCUAUAUCUUAUCCUGUAAUAAAUACUU